AUGUACACUAUGUACUCGAUUUAUAGAAGGUCCGGCCUCACAAACCUCCACGAGGCGAACAUCAGGGGAGCCAGGCGGCGAUGCCGCACGUUCACAUCUAUGGUGGACCCUCUAAGCAACGAGGAUUAUCUUCGCAGUGAUGAAUACCAAUAUCGGUCUCGGUCACUAUACCCUCGUGACAAGCAAACAUCCUACCAACAGUAUGGACAAGGAUAUUCUCACCAUGCAUCAUCACUCUGCGAUGGGACAUAUUCUCGCUACACAUCAUCAAGCCCCUACGAUGGGACAUAUUUCCGCUAUACAUCAUCGUCCCCCUACGAUGGGACAUAUUCCCGCUGCACAUCCUCAUUCCCCUACGAUGGGACAUAUUCCCGCUAUAAAUCAUCAUGGCUCUACGAUGGGAUAUAUUCAUCCAAUGAUCAAGAUGGCUACUCUCCACAGUACCCUCUGCGAGCCGAACCCCAUGUCAAGUGUGAGGAACGCGAGCCACGCAGAUCUACCCGGGUGCGCUGGGCUGACCAGGAAUCAUCUCCUCCAGACGCAACCCGCCUGGAUUGUUCCAGUGGAAGACAGCGGUAUGAGGUGCGUGUUCCUCGGGAAAAUGGAGAUUUCAAUCAUACCCCUUGCAACGAGGAGCGGAAACGACGACCGUAUUCAUAUACACCCGAUUCCAUGUUUGCAAAUCCCAUCUUUGAGCGGCAGCGAGCCCCAUAUUCCUCAUCGCUCCACGCCCCCGGUUUUCAGGCCCACCUACAGGCUCCGCACAAUAUCGCACGGAUCAACCUCACAUCACAGGAAAGACAAAUCUCAGGGAAGCGGCAAGGCGAGCGAUGA